CCGCGGGGUCCUGGGCACACCGGGCCUCACCGUCCCUUCUGCCUCUAGAGGGAGAGCGAGGCUCGCGACGCGGCUCCGGCCCCGGGCUGCAGGGUGGCCCAAAGUGACACGGCUGUGCCAUGAGGACUGCACUAGUGUACCACCCGGACAUGACAGCGGCCCGGCUGCUCUGGGAAGACCCAGAGUGUGAGAUCGAGCGUCCCGAGCGCCUGACCACAGCCCUGGAGCGCCUGCAGCAGGGGGCCCUGGAGCAGAGGUGUCUGCAGUUGGCAGCCCGGGAGGCCUCUGAGGCAGAGCUGGGCCUGGUGCACAGCCCAGAGUAUGUGUCCCUGUUGCGAGGAACCGAGACCUUGGGCACCGGGGAACUCCAGGCGCUGUCUGGACAAUACGAUGCUGUCUACUUUCAUCCGAGUACCUUCCACUGUGCCCGGCUGGCCGUGGGGGCUGCGCUGCAGCUGGUGGAUGCCGUGCUGACGGGGGCUGUGUGCAACGGGUUUGCCCUGGUGAGACCUCCUGGGCACCACAGCCAGAGAGGCGCUGCCAAUGGAUUCUGCGUGUUCAACAACGUGGCCAUAGCAGCGGAAUACGCCAAGCAGAAACAUGGGCUGCACAGGAUCCUGAUUGUCGACUGGGAUGUUCACCAUGGUCAGGGCAUCCAGUAUAUCUUUGAGGAUGACCCCAGCGUCCUUUACUUCUCCUGGCACCGCUAUGAGCAUGGGCGCUUUUGGCCCUACCUUCGAGAAUCAGAUGCAGAUGCUGUUGGGCAGGGGCAGGGCCGUGGCUUCACUGUCAAUCUGCCCUGGAACCAGGUUGGGAUGGGAAAUGCUGACUAUGUGGCCGCCUUCCUGCAUGUGCUGCUCCCCGUGGCCUUUGAGUUUGACCCUGAGCUGGUGCUCAUCUCGGCAGGAUUUGACUCCGCGAUUGGGGAUCCCGAGGGGCAGAUGCGGGCCACACCGGAGUGCUUCGCCCACCUCACUCAGCUGCUGCAGGUGCUGGCUGGCGGUCGAGUCUGUGCUGUGCUGGAGGGUGGCUACCACCUGGAGUCGCUGUCCCAGUCCGUGUGCAUGGUGGUCAAGGCACUGCUGGGUGACCCUGCCCUGCCCCUGUCGGGGCCCAUGGAGCCUUGUCGCAGUGCCCUGGAGUCCAUCCAGAGUGUCCGGGUUGCCCAGGCCCCUUAUUGGAAGAGCCUCCAGCAGCAAGGAUCAGCCCCCAUACCGAGUCUCAGCACCUGCUCCCCGGAGGGGAGAGCCUCACCUGUAUCGCCUGGGGGACCCAAAUUCAAGGCAGCGGAGGCCCAGGCCUCGGCCGCACUGAGUUCCCUCCUGGAGCAGAUGUACCUCAACCCCACACUGCCCGUCCGCACGGCUGUUGCCCUGACUGCGCUGGACGCCGCCCUGGUCCUACCCCCAGGUGUCCUCCAGCAGGAGGGGUCAGCCCCACGGGAGGAGACACGGGCCUGGGCCAGGCUACACCAGGCCCUGGUCCGGGACGAGGCUCUCACUGCACUUGGGAAGGUCCUGCACCUCUUGAAUGGGAUCCUGGAUGGGCAGGUGAGCUGUGGCAUUGCAGCAACCCCAGCGUCUGCUGCUGCCGCCACCCUGGAUGUGGCUGUUCGGCAUGGCUUGUCCCGUGGAGCCCGGAGGCUGCUCUGUGUGGCGGUGGGACAGCUGGAUCGGCCCGCAGACCUUGCCGACGAUGGGAGGAACCUGUGGCUGAACAUCAGAGGCAAGGAGGCGUCCGCCCCAUCCACGUUCCAGGUCUCCGUGCCGCUGCCAGGGACGACUGGUGGGUUCGUGAGCUGCGUCCUGGCCCUCGUGCUGCCCCUGGCCUAUGGCUUCCAGCCUGACCUGGUGCUGCUGGCGCUGGGGCCAGCCCACGGCCUGCAGGCCCCCCAGGCCGCGCUCCUGGCGGCUCUGCUGCGGGGGCCGGCGGGGGGCCGCGUCUUGGCCCUGGUGGAGCAGGAGUCCACAUCCCAGCUUGCAGGGGUCCUGGCCCGGGUGUUGCAGGGAGAGGCACCCCCCAGCCUGGGUCCCUUCUCCAUGGCCUCUCCAGAGGACGUGCAGGCCCUGACACACUUGAGAGGAGAGCUGGAAGCGGAGUGGAAGCUGCUGCAGGUGGCCGCUCCUUGAGUGCCGUGAUGUGGCAGCUUGAAAUCUGCACUCCAGAGGUGACACCACAGACCGGUCCCCCAAGAGCCGACUUUAAACGUUCACACGCGCACCACUGCCUGAGGCCUCUGUCCAGACAGCCAGGGUACAGAGCUGUCCAGGGCGCUGGCUCAGGGCCCGGAGCCCCCCCUCCCACAGUCCGCCUCUGCACAGACGGCUCCAUCCUCGCUUCUGCAUGCCUGUUAACCUUAAAAAAUAAAAGUUAUUUUAGCAGCAAAAAUGGGUUUAAUCAGGAAUGGCACCGAAUUGCAGUUCAGGACAAGCAGACUAUGGCAAAGCCGUAGGCAAGUGUAACUAACAAAGAACGUUAUUUAAGGAAAAGGAGGAGGAAGUGGGGAGGGUUGUUCUGCACGAGCAUCCGUUGGAGCCGAUGACCAGGACGUCUGAGGGUUCUUUCCUUCCGGUGCUUCUGUCGGGUCCAGAAUUGACGAGUCCUCCUGCGAUCGGCCGGAGUGGUGCCGCUCCUGGCCCGGCAUUCCAGGCCCACGCCAGUGAGUUUCAUUCAUUCUCACACUCCCCCCUUUUUCUGCUCAAGAUCUUUCUUUGAAAGCGUCACUGAUCAAGAGUCAGGAUUUCCGCACAUCGCACAAAGGGGUUUUGUCUGUCGGUGGCGGGUAGGACCUUCCUGUUGUCACGUUCCACGUUCCACGUCAGAGGGAAGGGCGUCCCAGAUGGAAACCACUAAAGGCCACAUUUCAGUAAGAAGGAAGGUCGGGAAGGCCAGGUACUUCCCAUCUAAAGUCUCUCUCUUCUCAAGGUUACAAAUAUCGGAGAUCAUUUCCUCCACAUCAUUUUUACAAAAGUUUGACGGGCAACAAAAUACAAAACUGAAAAUAACUAUACAACACAGGAGAAGUAACAUAACAAUCACAAACUGAGUGAUGGUUCUAAACCAGGACUCUUGGUCUGCAAAGUAGCCAACUGGAGGUAUUUCUCGGCACUUAUUCCGACUUAGGGGAGAAAAGUUCUCCCUGUGGAGGCAAGCCCAGCACCCCGUGCGCCUUCUGCUCUCACGGCCUCUCUCCCACCACCCCUCCAGCAACCCCGUUUGUUCUUUGUAUUGGAGAGUCUCUUAUGUUUUA